GGCUCGGGACGCCUGUGCGCAGCGGGAUGGCCGAGCAUUUCCCCGGCGGCUGUAGUAACAUAUACCGGCCCAUUACUCAGUGGAUAGCAGACAAUUUCUUUGUAUGCGAAGGAUGCAGUGUGCCACGUUGUCUGCUGUACGAAAUGUAUGUGGAGAACUGCAGACAGGAGGCCCAGACUCAAGUAAAUCCAGCUACAUUUGGAAAGCUUGUUCGGUUAGUGUUCCCAGACUUAGGAACCAGAAGACUGGGCACAAGGGGAAGUGCAAGGUAUCAUUAUGAUGGAAUACAGAUAAAGAAGAGCUCGCCCUUCUAUGCCUACUAUUGCUAUCUUUUGGCUGAGAAAAGGGAGAACAGUGGGGAGGUUUGCAGUUUUGAGAAUGCGGCAAAUCAUCAGAGCAGUGGCUGCAGAAAAGAGACAAAGGACCAAGAAGCAGUUGGAUAUCCACUUCCUGAAUUCAGGAGAUUUUCUUCAUGGGAGCAGGAGCUAGAAAAGAAACAUUCCUGUAAAAUGGUUUCUUUAUUUGCUGAUGCAUAUUGCACCCACUGCCAAGAAGUGUUGCAGAAUGUAAAAAACAAGGAUCUUGACCAGCCCACCACCAUUAUGUGGAGAUGCAUGUUCAGGAGCAGUGUAGCCGUUGCAUUAGGGGAAGGAAGCAUUCCAGAGGAUUCCCAACAUCUGGGAAGGCAGCAGAAGCACAUGGUGGAAGAGCUCUUCACUUCUUUCUGGAAGUCUCUGAAGCCUGACGCAAUAAUGUUCGUGUCCCAGGCAGAUGUUUGCCAGCUGUUUCAAUGCUAUGACAGGCAGCUCUUCCAGGAAAUGGAAAAGAUUCUGCUUCAUGAUUUUCUGGAAGAUGUCUCUAUACAGUACCUUAAACUGGUCAGAUUAUUCAGCAAAAAUAUUAAAAGCUGGCUGCUCGCAACUAUGGAAGACCUCCCACCGUUGUUGGGCGCCUCUAAAAUCAAAGAGGUGACUUUGUUUAUAAAAAGACUUCGGAGGAAGACUUACCUUGCUAACAUGGCAAAGACCAUGAGAAUAGUCUUGAACAACAGCAGGAGGGUCAAUGUUUUGAAAUCUGACAUGAACGCAAUCAUUACUCAGGGGUUUUCGGACAUUCCUGGAAGCUCGCUGCAAAUUGCAUUUAGAAAUGUGGAUGAAAUUGAAAGUGGCACAGAGCUGAAAUGCUUGAAUAAUCUGAUGUCUUCACUGGACACUUCGACAGAUAUUAGGGUUUUGCUAAAUUGUUUGUCCUCGGACCUUGAGGCUUUCGUGAUUCAGCCAAGCAAGAAUCAAGAAGAGUUCAGAAAGCUCGCUGCUAAUUUCCAGCUGAGGUGGAACUUCCUCUUGACGUCUGUCAGCAGGGCAAUGACCCUCUGCCACACUGAGAGCUUUGGCUCCUGGCAUUUGUUCAAUUUGCUUCUGCUUGAAUAUGUUAUUCACAUACUUCAAACCCAUGUGGAGGAGGAAGGAGUUGGGGCUCCAUUGACGAUGCCGCAGGAUACCUUGGCUCUUCAACCAGUCUGUCUUCUGGACGAUUUUGCUGCUGAACAGCCUGAUGGCGGGGAGGCAGCACCAACUCGAAUCAUUCUGACCCAGAGUCAAAGCGACAUUAACUUAAGUAGCAUUAUUCUGAAGGUCCUCAGCUGCCUAGUAGAUGCUGACACAGGCAACAAGCUUAUCCAGGUAGUUCUGGAAGACAAAGCAUCUAAAUGUUCGGUUAAAGUGAAUCUUCCUGUUGGACAGGAAGCACUUGUUACUCUAAAAGAUGGGCAGAAAUUUAUCAUUCAUACCUCUGACCCGCAAGAAGACUGCAGCAGUGCUUGGGAGGAAACGAAGCAGAUCUGAAAGACUGUUUGACGACCAUCGCAAAAAAAAUGUGUUUUGUACAUAGUUGAUUCGAAUAUAGAUUUAGCACAGCCCCAGUGUAUAUUCUGUGGAAGUAAGUAGUUUUUAUGACGAGCAUGCAUACAUUUUUAAAAUUGUGUCAUUUUUCUGAUGUAUUUUAUCUGCCUAGCAUGCAUAGUUAAUGAAAUUUCCCCUUCGGUGUCUUACGUUUUAUAGCUGUUGUAGGAAGUAACACUAACAAUUUUGUUAAAUGUAGUAAAUAAAUUUCAGGUGACA